AUGAAGUAUGUCGCGCUCCUGAGUGGUGGCAAGGACAGCUGUUACAACCUCCUCCACUGCGCUCGCAAUGGGCAUGAGCUUGUUGCUGCGGCAUCUCUUGGCCCUGAGCAUGGAAAAGUCUACACUUUGGCAGAGGAACUAGACUCGUAUCUCUAUCAGACCGUCGGUCAGGAUGCCAUAGAAUUUGUUGCUCAAGCGCUUGAUGUCCCGCUAUACCGAAGGGUCAUCUCUGGCGCCGCUGUCGAGCAAGGCUCCGAGUAUGGUGGUAGAGAGCCAUCCCAGGCCAGCGGGGUAUCCGGAGACGAGACAGAAGACCUCUACGCGUUAUUGAGUACGGUUAAACGAGACCAGGCCGAGCUGCUCGCUGAAAUGAUCGAAGCAGGAAUGGAAGCAAUUCUCAUCAAGGUCGCCGGUAUUGGUUUGUCCGUCAAACACCUUGGAAAGACUUUAGCGGAGAUGCAACCAGAAUUGAUCAAACUGGUAGAUAAUAACAACAAUUGCCCACUCUUCAAGCGUAGGAUUCAAUUAACAGAAACAGAAACAGUCAUUCAUUCAGACAACGACUUCGCAACAGUCGCAUACCUCAGGAUUAAGAAUGCUACCCUCGAGGAUAAACACUCGCGUUUGCCUAUUCAACCGACAGUACCUUCCUUGCUCUCGGAAGCCUUUGAACAAAUCCACCAUACUGUUCACAAGUCUCUGUCUGACCCACCCAUCAAGUCACCAUCUAUUCCAGAUGAAAAUAUCGCGCAGCUUCCGAAGGUCGCCGAUUGUCCAACCAUCAAACGUAUAGGUCAAUGGGUCGCAAUUGCUGACAUCUCAGUCAUUUCGCAUCUCAAGGCCUACGACCUACAGCUCUCCCACUGUACCAACAUCAACAUCUUCCUCUCGUCCAUGGACCUCUUCGCCCAGGCCAACGCCGUAUAUGCCACAUUCUUUGGAAACAGCCCACCUGCACGCGCAUGCGUCGCUGUCGAUCUUCCCUCGCCAACAAAAGUCAAAAUAGAUUGUGUAGCGUACGCCGAACGCAGUCCGGCCGACCGCCAAGCGCUGCAUGUACAAGGACUGAGCUACUGGGCACCCGCGAACAUCGGCCCAUACUCUCAAGCUAUCGUGGUGAACGAACGGAUCUUCGUCUCUGGACAAAUCGGGCUCAUUCCAAGCAACCUGACGCUCCCUUCUCCUCCCUCACUGGAGACCGAGACGGCACUAUCCUUCCAGCAUGUCGAUCGCGUGGUCAGCGCUCUCAAGAACAACUCAGGUGGGGGCUGGGAAGGACACGAGCAAGGCAUCAUUUAUUGGCUAGCCCGUGAAAGUGACAUACCACAUGUCAAGAUCGCCUCAGAGAUAUACGAGAAGGAUGCUUCCGCGUCAAUACUCUUCGUGACCGUCCCGACACUGCCAAAAGACGCGCUGGUUGAAAAACAGGUCCUGCUACACACUGGUCGAUGUCUCAUACCAGAUGAAGAUGAUGUCGUGAUACGAUCAGUGUCGCCCAGCUUCCAACGAGGCGAUCAGAUGGGUCGCGAGUCGUCUCGGACCCAUUGGGAGAUUUCCUACUUCGAUGAGACUGCGUCUGCGGUCACACUCAUAUGUUUCCGUGGAGAUGAGAUCGAUGUUACCGCGCUAUUGACUCAAGUACCCGAACUAGCCGCAACUUGGACGAAUGCGCUAUCUGUGCGGCACUUCUAUCGGCAUCACACGACCAUAUCUACCUGUACGUGUAUGUCCCACCUUCACAAUCUCGGAGUCUAA